GCACAUCCUGACUCCGCCCCCUCCCUGGCAGCGAGCGACACAGACAGGAGACAUGGAGCUCAGCACUGCCUGCUCUGCCUGCUGAUUUCCAGGACUCGGUUUUUUGGGUUAAGAUCUUUAAAGAAGAUUGCAUAAAAUAUCAUGAAUUGCCUUUUGGAUCAGGAGCAUACACAAGACGACUGAAACCUUAUAAAUCUGGAUGUUGGGAGAGUCUGUAGUGACCUGCACGCAGCUGUUCUUGUCACUACUUGCUAAACAUCCUUUAAAUCAUGAGUGGGUUCAUUUCAUAUCUGGACCCAAGACGGAUCCCAUGGAGGGCCACAUGGCAUGCGAUCAAUGCAAGAGUUCUUCGAACCAAGCCUGUAGAGUCCAUGCUAGAAGGAACCGCAGGAACCUCUUCUCAUGGAACCAAAUUGGCUCGUGUACUUACUACAGUGGACCUUGUUUCUCUUGGUGUUGGCAGCUGUGUUGGCACUGGGAUGUAUGUUGUUUCUGGACUAGUUGCUAAAGAAAUGGCUGGACCUGGAGUCAUUGUGUCCUUUAUUAUUGCAGCUGUGGCAUCCAUUUUGUCAGGUGUGUGCUAUGCUGAAUUUGGGGUUCGUGUUCCCAAAACUACGGGUUCUGCUUACACAUACAGUUAUGUCACUGUUGGUGAAUUUGUGGCUUUCUUCAUUGGAUGGAAUCUAAUCUUGGAGUAUCUGAUUGGUACAGCAGCUGGAGCCAGCGCACUCAGUAGCAUGUUUGACUCCCUCGCCAAUCACACUAUCAGCCAUUGGAUGAUUGAAAGUGUGGGGACUUUAAAUGGAUUAGGAAAAGGAGAAGAAUCCUAUCCAGACCUCCUUGCUUUGGUCAUCGCAGUCAUCGUGACAAUAAUUGUGGCCUUGGGAGUAAAGAAUUCCGUUGGCUUUAAUAAUGUGUUGAAUGUGAUUAACUUGGCCGUGUGGGUGUUUAUCAUGAUUGCUGGCCUUUUCUUCGUCAGUGGAAAAAACUGGUCGGAUGGAAAUUUUCUACCAUAUGGAUGGUCAGGGGUUCUGAAGGGUGCAGCCACAUGUUUCUAUGCCUUCAUUGGCUUUGACAUCAUUGCUACCACAGGAGAGGAAGCAAAGAGUCCCCACACCUCUAUUCCAUAUGCUAUCACAGCUUCACUGAUUACCUGUCUGACAGCCUAUGUUUCUGUCAGUGUUAUAUUAACAUUAAUGGUUCCCUACAAUAUGAUUGAUUCAGAAUCACCACUGAUGGAGAUGUUUGUAGCCCAUGGAUUCUAUACUGCUAAGUACAUUGUGGCCAUUGGAUCUGUAGCUGGGCUUACAGUCAGCCUGUUUGGAUCGCUGUUUCCUAUGCCCAGAGUCAUUUAUGCUAUGUCUGGUGAUGGGUUAUUGUUCAGGUUUUUGUCCCAUGUCAGCUCCUACACGGAGACUCCUGUGGUGGCUUGUAUUGUCUCUGGAUUCCUUGCAGCCCUUCUCUCUCUUUUGGUCAGUCUUCGGGACCUAAUAGAAAUGAUGUCUAUAGGAACUCUCUUAGCAUACACCCUUGUUUCUGUGUGUGUACUUUUAUUACGUUACCAGCCUGAAAGUGAUAUUGAUGGUUUUGUCAAAUUUCUUUCUGAGGAACACACCAAAAAGAAAGAAGGUAUCCUUGCUGAUUGUGAAAAGGAAGCCUGUUCUCCCAUGAGUGAUGGGGAGGAGUUCUCAGGUCCUGCCACCAACAUAUGUGGAGCAAAGAACCUGCCCUCUCUGGGAGACAAUGAAAUGCUAAUUGGAAAAUCUGAUAAGGCCAACUACAAUGUAAACCAUCCAAACUAUGGAACAGUGGACAUGACAUCUGGAAUUGAAGCUGAUGGCUCCGAAAACAUCUAUCUUUUUAAGCUGAAAAAAUUUAUUGGACCAAGAUAUUACACAAUGAGGAUCCGUCUUGGCUUGCCUGGGAAAAUGGAUCGGCCAACUGUUGCUACCGGUCGAACAGUGACCAUCUGUGUCAUGCUUAUGUUUGUUUUGUUGUUCAUCUUUUGCUCCUUUAUCAUAUUUGGUGCAGAUUACGUAUAUGACCAAGUAUGGUGGGCAGUCCUCCUGGUCAUUUUGAUGGUACUGCUAAUCCUUGCCCUGGUUUUUGUUAUUCUUCAGCAACCAGAGAAUCCCAAGAAGUUGCCCUACAUGGCACCAUGUGUCCCAUUUGUUCCUGCAUUUGCAAUGAUGGUCAAUAUUUAUCUUAUGCUUAAACUAUCGGCCAUAACGUGGAUUCGAUUUGCUGUCUGGUGCUUUGUGGGUUUGCUGAUAUAUUUUGGCUAUGGAAUGUGGAACAGCACCUUGGAAAUCAGUGCAAGGGAAGAAGUACUCCAUCAGAGCACGUACCAGCGAUAUGACGUUGACGUUGACGUUGAUGACACCUUUUCAGUCGAUGAUGGCUACUCUUAUGCUCCAGAAGAAGAGAAAUCCCAAGACUGGGGAAGUGCAGAAACAAAAGGCCACAACUAUCAGCAGGCAGCGGAAGCACAGGAUAGCAAUCGGACAAACACCAGAUCUAAAACUAAAGGCAAACAUAAGCAGGACUUUGAUACACUGAUUGCCAAUGAGGAGUUGGACUACCCUGAGGAAUAAACACAUUGCAUUUAUCAUCCACAAUUGUGGCCUACAGUACAAGGAUUUCUUGGGCCCUACAUAGGGCUUUCUCUAUCUCACAUGGUGUACUGCUAAGUUGUAAACAAGUGUUUAACAGUUUGCUGAUUUUCAUACCUGUUUGGCUUAAAUUAUCUGGCAUAAAUUAUCUUAUAUUAACUUAUUAUAUUUUAAAGUCGUUACAGUGAACUGAAAUAUAAAUGAAAAUGUUUUUUUUUUUUGUUGUUCUUAUGUAUGCUGUUUGGAUCAGGCUGUUUUGGGCAAAUGUUAUAAUGGCAAUAUUGCACUGACAUUUUAUUACUUAUAUACAGGUAUCAUUAAACAAAAAUGCUUCUGAGCAAUCCAUAUAGACCAAAUAGAGCAGCAUAAAAGAAAAUGUAUGAAUGAGUGACAGUGAGGUUUGUUUACUUUAAACAUCCAAUCAUCUGUAGGGCAGAAAACUUUUUUUUUUUCUCUGCACCUGAUUGAGAAUUCAAAGUGAGCUAGGCUGCAAUAGGCUAGGUGGACAUUCCUUACCCCUUGAAUAGACCAGCCCCAUUAUACGAGCAAAGAAUAAUUAGAUGACUUCACUGCAGUGUAUGAAAGUAAUAUUACAUUUUUUUAUAAUUUUACAAUGUCCUUAGAUUUUACAGGACAAAUUGGAAGAUGAAUUACUUUAACCAAAAGCCUGUUCCAUGAGAAGUUGUAAAUAAAAUGUAAUAUUCAGAAGCCAGAAAUACAGCUAUUAAAGUGACACUACUGUCGUUAAAAAAAAAAAAAGAAUACCUAAACAAAGACAGCGUGGUAAAAUACAUUAAUAAUGCAGUACCACAUCUGUUCAAUGCGGUCUUUUCUCACUACACCAAACACCUGAACCAUCAGUGAUCAACUCCAAGUGAGUGUUGAUACCUGUGCCCCCCCCACCCUUACCCCUACCCCUUCCCCCCCUUCCCCCUUCCCAAGUGGUAUGCACCUAGUGUGUCCCUGCAGCUCUAAAUCUACACACAAGUGAAAUAUUUGGCAGCUAGAGGAGAUACAGUGGUGAGAUAUGGACAUUCUUUGCAAUUGUAGUACUCCAGCAGGCUACCAGUUUAACCGACUGUCUUUUAUUGAGGAUUGUGCAGCGCAAUAUGAUUGUUAUUAAAGUAGAAUUCCAUGCUUAUUGCUAACUAUGCCACCCCCUUCUAAUUCCGUGAAAGAGAGAUUCCUAUACUUACCUAUUCUCAGGGCGCUCCGGUCAGUUCACGUGAUCCCCUCAGUGGUCAGCUUCAGUGGAGAAUGCCUGGGUGGUGACGUCACCCAUAGGCUUACAAUGGAGCAUCCGUUGAGGCCAUAUCUCCUCUCCUCAGAGGCCCUCCCUGGGAGUUGAUCACAUGAUUGGACCAGAGCACCCCUUUAGAAUAGGUAAGUAUAAGCAUCUUCCUUUCACACUUAGAAGGGGGGUAUGAGCAGGUUUAGGCAUAGUUAGCAAUAAGCCCGGAUUUCCACUUUAAUAACAUGAGGUUCUGGUCUACAUUUUAAAAUAAAGCAGAGGAGGCUGUACCUUUAUUAUUAUUAUUAUUAUUAUUAUUAUUAUUUAAAUUAUUUAUGUUUCCAUUUUGACCAGAUGGGUAGACAUUGACCUGUCUGAAGCCCAUGUGCUUUGUAGCAGUUUCACAUAUCUGUGUGUGUAUACAUACUGUAUGUGUAUGUUUAUUCUGCAUACAAAGUGAUCAACACCUGCUUUUUUGCUACCACAACUAUUUAGGAAAACAAUGGACAUAAGGGAAAAACACUGUGUGCCAAAUGGUUUGGGUUCUAUAUGCAUACAUUUUUAUACACUAAGGACAGUAGUCCUGUUGCUUGAUUACAGCUGAGACAGGUGUAUAGUCCAUUGAGUCCAGGCAGUCAGAAGGCAGAAUUCUAAAGGCUACAAAUUAAGAUAAAAGGUAUUCCCCACUGUUAGUUAAAGUGUCUACAAACAUUCAAGCUGUGCAUGUAUAAUCCAGCCAAAGAAAACUUUUUGUACUGAAACGUAAUUUCCAAGCUUACUCAGCAGAUCUGUUCCUAUAUAGAAGGGAAAUGGAGAACUCUAGAACUCGGAACCUCUAUCAGGAAUAAAUUUACGGCAAUUAGCCAAGAAUAGUAGAUUCUGACCAAGACUUUUGUCUGAGAAGGCAGUGGGUGCCUUUUGCUAUCAAGGUAGGCCUGCGGACAUGUAAAUUUUCCGAUCCUUUGUAAAAAGGUAGAUUUGGCAGUCUGUGAUAUCUGUAGACACUUUACAUCAUUAGUACAAUGGCCAACUGAGUACUGUGUUGUGCAGCUGGACGUCUACAGUGCCAGAUGUUGACUAAUUAUCAAGCCUAUUUGGUGAAUCAAUUCAAAGAACAGUAGUAAUAUACAUAAUGCAGUAACCCAUUACCUUAAAAUUUCAGUUUACUGAAGUAGUAUUUAUGAAAGAUAACUUCCAAUCUCUUUUAAUGGUUUCUGCACUUUGUACAUCAACGCUGCCUUUAGUAAACAUGACUGUAUAUCCUACUUAUGGUCCUUUCUCAAAAAUAUUUUAUUGAAGGAAAAUGUAUGAAAUGGGUCAUAAAUGACUUACGAUGAUACAGCUACAUAACCUGUUGUUUCUACUGCUACCAAUGAAAUAUCAGCUUUUUAUAAACCCAAUAUAUUUAGGCUAUGAAGGAUGACUUCAAAUCGGUUGCAUGGAAUGCUGUACAUCUUGUCUCUUUUAAAGGGAAUAUUCAUGAUUUUCUCAUUCGGUUCCACUAUGGUUCCUUGUAGUGCAGGAUUGAUUUAUGAUUAUUGAUGACAUUUAACUUUUGCAAUUUAAGUUAUUUUCGCCUAUAUGUUACAUUUUAUUUAAACAUUACUUAUAUAGUUUUAUUUCUAGUUAAACUAUAAUAUUAAAUAUCAAAGCAAAUGAAUAUUUCUCAGAUAUACAGUAUCUAAUUACACAUUCAUUAUCUUGUACAUUCCUGGUUUUUCACAUUUUCUGAAGCUGUAUAAACAGUUUUAAUAUAUUUUUACAUGGCUGAGAGUAUUUUUCAAAGAAACAAUUGUAUUUGCAUGUUUGCUUUGUUUUUUUAACUGUCUUGUGAUUUCCUGCCUCUGCCUUGACAUUCAUAAAAUUUCAGUGUGUGUUGCAGCA